GAAUGAGGAGGGYCAGGGCUCUGGUGGCUAUGCCUUCUUUGUGGUGCUGUGAGGGUGCUGACCUCAGGUCCUUUGCUCAAUGUCUGCUGAGGUUCCUAGGCUUCAUCUUCUGGGGAGCUGCUGCAGCUCAGGCCUUUGGAGGAGUUUUGGUGAUCCUGAUGUCCAAGAACUACAGCUAUUUAUUUCAGCAGUCUUACUUGUCUCUUCCUGGUUGGCUGGCUCUUGCAACUGCACUUAUCUUGCUGCCUACUGGAGUUUUGGCUCUUUCUAUUUCUGUUAAAAGAUCCCGCAAUAAACAAGGGACUCUCAUGUAUUUGCUGCUGCUCCUUCUUUGCCUAGAAACGUCUUCAGCAGCUCUGGCACGUUCCUACUUUAUUAAGACRUCUUCUCAGCUGGAAGGUGCUAUUGAUUACCUUGUCCAUCAGCACAACUGGACGUGCUCCCAGGAUCCUGGAAGCAGUGCUGUGGAUGUGAUGCAGAGGCAGCUGCAGUGUUGCGGGGUCCACAACUACACAGACUGGCUGAAGGCAUCAUCUUCCUGGCAUCCUCCACCUUGUGUCCCUGAAAGCUGCUGCAAGGGGAAGCAUUCUCGCUGCACAGGGGACUUAGGCCAUGUGGAGCAGCUUUCUGAGGAAGGCUGCCUGAAGAAGCUGGAAGACCAGGUGUGUUUUGCCAUGCUGUAUGUGUUUUGGUGCUGUACUGUGCUGAGCAUCCUGGAGCUCUUGGCUGGUGUCAGCAAUGGCAUCCUCAUGAGACAUCAGCCAUUCCACGACCUCAGUUUUCUGGACUCCUAUUCCUUCUMAUAGCACUGUAGGCACUGGCUGCUUUGCUGGACCUGCUGCAUGUUUCCUUGAUUUUGUAGUAUUUUGUUGCAUUAGAUGACAAUUAAAAAAAUUGUGUGUAAAU